AUGGCGCGUAGUGUCCUGUCGAGGCGAAGCCGCGAAGCUAGGGAGGAAAGAUUUAGCUUAACGGCAAUGCGGCACGCCAAAAGGCAGUAUAGCAUUCCAUUCUAUCACACCCAAGAUCACUGCCUGGCUGAUUCGCAGCCAGGUACAAGAAAGGCUGGCUCGCUGCAUUGGGACGUUGUACAACACAGCUCGUUGCGCGCGAUGCAGCGAAUUCCAAGACUCUCGACAUGGACGGCGAACUGUAGAUAUCCAUCCGUACCUAAGCUCGCGCUCUGCACGGCGGCACGCACGGUUACAUGGGGUGAUGGUUUCUGCGGCAGGGCAUCCCCUGUCCGUACCCGAAGGUGGGAAUUCCUAGCAGAUGCAAUGUGUCAGGGGUUCAAGGCUUCAAGCUGGCCUAAGCUGAACACUCCGAGAGAGGAAAUCAAAGCUGGCGAUUCGAUGUCUUUUGGGUUUUCCUAUGGUUUAGUGUCAAAAAGUCCCUUCCCCUGCCUUUUUCCCUCGCUGGAUCAUGGAUGGGCAUGGCACGCAUGGGACGAUUUGAUGGAUCACAAUGCUGUGCUUCUUCCUAUGGAGGUUCCAUGUUGA